GUGAGCCAAAGCUUUUAUGACAGCAGCCAGGAGCCCAGAGGACUUGCUGGAAACUGGGAGAAGAAAAGACACGGUCGGUGUGCGAGCGGGCUGGAGAGAUGACAUAGCCCCGGCAUCGAGCUUGGAGGUGUCUACUCAUGGUCCUGAAUGGGUGGCUGCAAAGGAACAUGUGAGGAAAGAACACCGUGUUCUCAUCACUUCUCAUCAGUUCAACAUCACUGAGCAUCAUCAUGUUGGGCGGAGGAGAACAUAAGGGUUCGGUCACCCUCGCCCGUCCUCACACGUUUACAAACCAAGGAUUUUUUGGAGCUCAACAUUUUGCCUUCAUGGAGGAUUACCACAAACCUGACCAACAGACAGUGCAGGCGUUGAGGAACAUCGCCAAUCGCCUAAGGAUCAACUCCAUCAAGGCGACUACCGCAGCUGGCACAGGACAUCCUACAUCAUGCUGCAAUGUGGCCGAAAUCAUGUCUGUGCUCUACUUCCACACCAUGAAGUACCGCCCCGACGACCCACGAAACUUCCACAGCGAUCGCUUCCUCAUGUCCAAGGCUCAAUCUGCACCAGCCUUGUACUCCAUGUGGGUUGAAACAGGCUUCCUAAAGGAGAGUGAGUUGCUGAGUAUGUGCCAGGUUGACUCUUCACUGGAGGGCCACCUCAUCCCAAAGCAGCAAUUUGUGGACGUAACCACCGGCUAUUUGGGACAGGGACUCGGUGUGGCCUGCGGAAUGGCGUACACUGGGAAAUACUUUGACAAAGCCAGCUACCGUGUUUACUGCCUGUUGGGGGAUGGUGAAAUGUCAGAAGGCUCCGUAUGGGAAGCCAUGUCGUUCGCUUCCUACUACCAGCUCGACAACCUAGUGGCCAUCAUGGACAUCAACCGUCUGAGCCAAAGUGACUCUGCGCCUCUGCAGCAUCAUGCAGAGAAAUACCAGAGACGCUGCGAAGCGUUCGGCUGGCAUGCCAUCAUUGUGGAUGGACACAGUGUGGAGGAGCUGUGUAAGGCUCUGAGCCAGCCACGCCAUCAACCCACAGCUAUCAUUGCCAAAACCAUCAAGGGCAAAGGCAUUCCAGCCGCAGAAGAUAAGAUGGGAUGGCACUCCAAAACUCUGCCCAAAGACAUGGCCGAGAUGGUCAUGAAGGAUCUGCAGAGUCGGAUCAUGAGCACCAGCAAGCACCUGUACCCUCCUGCUCCGAUCGAAGACUCACCUCCUGUGAGCCUGAGGAACAUCCGUAUGGCCAGCGCACCCGCUUACAAGCCUGGGGAAAAGAUUUCCACACGCAAGGCCUAUGGGAUGGCCAUCACUAAGUUAGCUCGCUACAACGACCGUGUCGUGGCUCUUGACGGAGACACGAAGAACCUCACUUACUCGGAGCUCUUCAAGAAUGAGCAUCCUAAUCGCUUUGUGGAAUGCUACAUUGCCCAGCAGAACAUGGUCAAUGUUGCCAUGGGAUGUACGGCUCGUGAGAGGAACGUUGUGUUUGCCAGCACCCUGGCAUCCUUUUUCACACGUGCCUACGACCAGCUCCGCAUGGCAGCCAUUUUAGAUAGCAACGUCAAUCUAUGUGGCUCCCACUGCGGCCUGUCCACUGGAGAGGAGGGGCCCUCCUUGAUGGGAUUGGAGGACAUGGCCAUGUUCAGGGCCCUCCCUAGAACAACCAUCUUUUACCCUUGUGAUGGAGUGUCUACAGAGAAGGCUGUGGAACUGGCCGCAUCCACAAAGGGUGUUUGCUAUAUCCGAACAAGCCGUCAAGACAAUGCCAUCAUUUACAACAGCAAUGAAGAUUUCCAUGUUGGACAGGCUAAGGUGGUCUACCAGAGCAAAGAGGAUCAGGUGACUGUGGUGGCUGCUGGAGUGACUCUGCAUGAGGCUCUGGCAGCAGCUGAACACCUCAAGAAAGAGAGGAUAUACGUGCGGGUGAUUGACGCGUUCACAAUCAAACCACUUGACUCCAAGACCAUCAUUGACCACACGCGUGCCACCAGAGGAAGAAUCCUUACUGUAGAGGACCAUUACUAUGAAGGUGGCCUGGGGGAGGCCGUGUGCUCAGCAGUUGUAAACGAGACUGGCUUCAAUCUGCAUCGUCUGGCCGUGUCUCACGUACCGCAUAGCGGCAAACCGCAAGACCUCCUCAAAAUCUACGGCAUCGACCGUGACGCCAUCGCCCAGGCCAUACGCAAGAUGCUCAGCACCUCCACCAACGCCAAGUAAAUCUCAAUCCCCCCCCUGCCCAAACUUAUUUCUCACCAAAUCUAUCACCAAUCGAGUCACACCACACCCAGCUCUCUCCUUUUCUUCACUGUGAAUCCCCUGUGAGUGUUUCAAGUAUUGUGAUUUUGUGAUUUUUCAAGGUAGAAUUACACUUUUGCUUAUCUUUUACACACUAAACACUAAUACACACACGCACACGCUCAUGCACUACAUAUCCCAUCUUAUCCAAAUGUGGCCAAUCAACAACCUACACUUUUUACAUGUUCAACGGGAGUAUUAUGUAAUGGUUCCAUGUGUUUUUGCAAUGCUUUUUUCAGUCACGUCAUUAAGAUGGCAAUGUUUUUUAUAUAUUAUUCAAAAUGUAGCUCUUGAAAUCGGGUGGGUGGUUAGUAUUAAAGUAGUUGUCGUGACGACGGUGUCAGAAAGAAACAAGAUGAGUUGUUGUGUGUAGAAGUUAGUGGAGAAAAAAACAAUUAAAAAAACAAAUGUAGAUUGGGUAAACGUUGCACAAAAACACAGGUCAAGUCCGAUUCAAAUGUUGAAUUGUUUAUUCCUCAUUAUUGUUGUUGAUGUCAUUUACCAUACGCACCACACAUCAAGCAUACACUUGGACCACACCACCAGACCAGUAUACGUUAUGAUGUGACCAUUGACACAUUUUUUAUGCGGCGGCUUGGUUCCUCCCAUGCAGUGAUGCAGAAGUUUGAUUGUGACUGUGCAGGUCUGAUUUGUGAACCUAAGAACUGUUACUUGAAGUUUUGUAAGAACCAUUCUUUCAUGGAAUA